AUGUUUCCGCCACGUCAGCAACCAAAGUCGGGGGUCCUCCACACAUCUCUAACUCUUGUUCCAGGUGAAGCAUGCGGAUCUCCCAACAUUCAAGAACGUGGCUCAAAUUCAGACCAAAUCCGUGAUUCACCAACCGAAAGUGCAAGUUCCCGUGAAACCUGGCCCACACCCGACCCAUUAACAAUAUCCAAACCACUAGAAGCCGAACAUUCAGUCAUCCGCCACAUAACUGACAAAAUGUCCCUUAGAGGCAUUUCAAGAGAACGCGUCGAUAUAAUCGCAGAUAGAAUGCAUCAUCUUCCCAAAGAGUAUUUAGACAAGCUAAAAAACGAACUCCGUGGUCUAAUCGAAGGAAUGGGUGGUCAUCAACAUAGAGAAGAAUACAUUUUUCUUCAAAAAAUGGUUUUGAGUUGUGGUGAUUUGACCGAAAAGACCCUCAUUUUAGCUCACCGAGGACAGUUAGAAAUCUUGGUUGCUAUAAAGACUGGAAUCCAAGCUUUCCUUCGUCCAACUGUUAGUCUAUCUCAAGCUUCUUUAAUCGAAAUCUUUUUAUACAAAAGAUGUAGAAACAUCGCGUGUGGAAACCAGAUCCCUGCUGAUAACUGCACGUGUGAGAUCUGUGUGAAAAGAAACGGUUUCUGUAAUCUUUGCAUGUGUGUGAUCUGUAGCAAGUUUGAUUUUGAGGUGAAUACGUGUCGUUGGAUCGGGUGUGAUGUGUGUUCUCAUUGGACGCAUACGGAUUGUGCAAUACAUAAUGCACAAAUUGGGAAUGGUGGGAGUUUGGGGGAGAUGGUUUUUAGGUGUAGGGCGUGUAUGAGGACAUCUGAAUUGUUUGGAUGGGUGAAAGAUGUGUUUCAUCAUUGUGCUCCUUUGUGGGAUCGAGAGGCUUUGGUUAGAGAGCUUGAAUAUGUGAGUAGGAUUUUUCGAGGGAGUGAAGAAGUUAGAGGGAGGAAAUUGUAUUGGAAGUGUGGAGAACUUGUGGAAAAGCUCAAAACUGGGGUAGCAGAACCUGUUGCUUCAAAGGCAAUACUCUCCUUUUUCCAAGAGUUUGACAUAGACCCUCGAAAACACGAAGAAAGUGGCGUGGUAAUGGCCCCACAAGAAGCAUUCAACCGAAUAGCAGACGUGGUCCAAGAAGCCAUUAAAAAAAUGGAAAUGGUGGAAGAAGAAAAAAAAAAAAAGAAGCAACAAGUGGAGGAGCUUGAAAGCAUCGUCAGACUCAAACAGGCUGAGGCCGAGAUGUUUGACCUUAAAGCCGCCGAGGCCCGCCGGGAAGCCGACCGCCUGCAACGGAUCGCACUUGCAAAAGUUGAAAAAUCAGAGGACGAUUACGCCAACAGGUAUUUGAAACAGAGGUUGCAUGAGGCUGAAGCUGAAAAACAGUAUUUAUUUGAGAAGAUGAAGUUGGCGGAAACUUCAUCUAGAGGUGGCGGCAGCAGUGGCAGCGGUGGUGGUGGUGGUGGUGAGCCGUCUCAGAUGAUGAUGUAUAAUAAGAUUCAGGAUUUGCUUAAGAACAUGUACACCGUGCCGACAAAAGGAGACGGGCAAGUGAGUGAUAUACGCUCACGUGGGUCCGUUUGA